AUGGUGGUUCCUACUACUCCUGUGACCCUAACCAAGGACGACCCUCUCUUUGGCGUCUUGAAUGAGACGCAGGUGGGUCUGGAUCCACUCUCAGGAAGACCAGAAAUUGCAAAAGAAGUGCUUGAGGAAAUGAGAAGAUACAUGGUUGCGAACACAGGGGAAGACAGAGCCAUCAAGAUGGACAGAUUGAGGUCUACGGUUAGAGAAGCUGAAUCAGAUCCAAGAGCUCAGAGGACUGUGCUUCGCCUUGAAACUCCCCCCAUUGUAACGAGUGACCUCAACAGAGGAAAAGGCUUGGUGUUUGACUAUGGAGACAAAAGCCAGAAGAAGGUCUCUUUCGAGCUAAAUGAUAAGCCAGAAAAGCUCAUGGCGGGGGCUUUCAAAGCUUUCAAACCCCAGUCCGUCUCAAGUGACCCUAUACUUGAGAUUGGCCACUCAGAUGCAAGCAAUGUAGCCAGUGUACAGAGAUCCUAUUCUGAUAGUCCUACGGUUUUCCAAAUAGGUUCUAUUGAGCCUGGAUCUUCCGGGACUAUCACCAGGAAACAGUACAUGAGGCGCCGGCCUCCAAAAGGAAUCAGAAAGGCAGUAGCACUGGCUUUGAUGGACCAAUCUCAGGAAGAUGUGGAAGAUAGGAGGGAAGGUAAGCAGGAGGUAGGAAGCAAAAAGAGAAAGAAGGUGGAGUCAGGAACAUGUGGAAGGUCAACCCCUAAGGCGCAAUGCCUUACGACGAUCCCAAGUGAGGGAUUGUCCAACGCCCAAUGA